UUGCACAUUUCUACAAUGUUAUUUUUUAAUUUGUUCAAGCAUAAUGUUGUUGUUUUCUUUUGUAAAUAUAAUUGUAUUAAAGUAAAAACUGGAGUAACUUAGCUGUGCGUCUUAUGAGUAAUAGCUUUAGAAAAAGUGAACGUCACCAACAGCGUUCUGACGACGCAACAGCCAAAACGGCCAAUCGGAUUUAAAGGGAAUAUUCGUAUUAACACACCAAAGUUCACCCAGCAGUAUGAUUACGUAGACAACUGGUGGCUAACCAUGCGAGGAUUGAAAGACACGUCGUACUUCUCCACUCGUACUACACCAAACAGAUUCUACCCAUUCUUCGAGCAGACCUUCACUCCGUCUACUGUUUCGACCACAGUGAUUUUUGAUGAUUACCUAGACGGUGCAGACCCUGCUGACCCCGAGAGAAAUUCCAGCUAUGAGGUCGACUAUGGUGGAAUGAGGACACACCAAAAUAACGUACCAAUAGAUUCACACGCCAACGAUAAUACUAAUAUGAAGAGACAAGGACUAAAUCCAUUGCUGUAUGAUAUAGCAAAUGUAAAAGCGCGGCAUAAUCAGAUACAUAAAAUGAUGGUUCAGAAUGUAUUUGGAUUUAAAACUACUGAAGCUAGAAUACCUAUUGUUGUUAAUGACAAUUUAAGAGGGACAACUCACAAAAUAGAAGCUAUGAGGGAACUAAAUGCAAAACCGAAGUAUGUUGAAGAUUUGAAAGGAACAUCUCACAAAGUAGAAUCUAAUAAAGAACCAAAUGCAAAAUCAAAGCAUGUUGACGAUAGAGUGAAAAGAAUAGAUGUAUUCAAGACAGGGCAUGACCAUAAUGUAAAUGUAUUUUAUAACAAAGUAGUGAAGAGCCAUCAGAUGAAUGUUAGUGAGAAUGAUAUGCCGAUGCUAACUGCUGAGGAAAUUGAAGACAUCAAAAGAUAUUACGGGUUGAGUGAUGGAGAUCUUGUUACUGACAUGAUUGCGAGUGCUACACUACCCGCAAUCAACAGACAAGGAAUUGGAGCAGAAGUACGACUCACAACUGAUGAGCCGGGUCAGUAUCAGUACCCUGACACAUCGGAGCCGCCUUUGGAGCCCGAUUUUGGAAGCCUCCCGCCUCAAGACGCCACUUUGGCCCCUUGGCUGCCGUGGAUGACUCACCCCUCCGGCGAUACCACUCGCUUUGAGGUGACAAGAAGCACCACCACCCAAACCCCAUCUCCAAUGUACGACGACAGUGCCUGGACACAAAGGCCUGGAGACCUGCUAGAGCCACUCAGGAUCGAAAUGGGCGUCUUCAAGAUGGGCUUCUUCUCCAUAUUCGUCAGCCACGGCGCCUUCAUCAUCAGUAAUAAGACUGACAGUGAAGUGCGGAAACUAAGCUUGGCUGUGGAGCCUGAGUUGGAGAUUUUAAAAAAGUUCGACCUCCGGAGCUUUGGAGAACCGUUUCUAGGGGCUUUUGAAAGUUUUGCCAAACAAUUGGGAGAGUGGCCUGUGGACGAUAUCAAAGCUCACUGCAGAAACCUGAACUACGGCAUCCAUGUGAGAAGAGACCACUUCACCGACGAUCUGAACGCAUUGAUCGACUACAUUGACUACUUAUUCAGAGAAGAUGAGGGUAUUAACCUUUUUAGGUCCCUGGAAGUCUUGAACAACUACCCUAACGGCUCAGAACACUCCUUUGACGUCAUUAGGAAUAUUUCUGUUGCUUUAUUCGCGCCUUACAGAAGACUGGCUGGUACUAAUGAGAGGAAGGUGUUGGUAGAUACCAUCAACGAGUAUGUUGGACAAUUUUAUGUUACUUUACCUGCCAGAAGGGUAUUCAUGGGAAAUAACAGCAUUUUGAAUAAGCUACUGAACUUUGAUACGAAGUUUGCAGAAGUUAGUGAAGAUAGUAAAACUAAGGUUAGAAAUGAAACAGCAAAUAAGUCUACUGGACUUCCUUGUACAAACCGAUGUGAUAAAGAUAGUAAAUAUCGAAAUGUAACUAAGGAGAGAAUGAUUAAAAAGAUUAGAAAUUCUUCAUAUCACAGAGAAAUAAACAAAAAACCAACGACAGUAAAGCGAUCUCAAAAGACUCCUAAACAACUUACAACUCAGCUGAUAAGACACAGAAGAAUCAGAUUAACUGAAGGUCCGAAAAUAUACAAAAAGUACGUGCUACUAAAACUACACAGAAAACACAAGAAGAAAAGGAAAGAAAAACUUAGAGAAUUCAAACUAAAAUAUUUCGGGAAACACAAAAAAUACGCAAAUUUGACAGGUUACAAGAAAUAUUCUAAAAUUAAAGCGGAAAAAUUAAGAGAUAAGCUAAAACUAAACAUAACGGAAACUGAUUUUGAUGAAGAAUAUGCUAGUAACUCUGAAUAUCACACUGAUUUUAACAUUGAUGAUGAUACAAAAUUGACAAAUUCUAAAGUAAAUAAAGUUAAGAAAACUAUCCAUAAUGCUCUUACAACAUCGAAAAAACUUUAUGUAGAAAAUAAUUCAACCAUUUCAUACAAAAGCAAACAAAAAAUAAAAAAGACUAAAAAAUCCCAGUUGGGUUCUCUAAAACUUGAUGUUUCUAAUUUCACAAUUAAAAGUUCAACCGAAAAAAUAAAGAUAAGAAAUAACAAAUCUGACAAAAGUGUAAAUAUACUCCGAAAUAACAAUAGAGCUGUAACAGAUUCCCAUAAUCACUUACCAUCACCUUAUAAUAAAGAAGUAUUCCAUUCAAAAAAACGUCUAGAUACUAGCAAUAAAUGUGCAACAACAGAUAAAAAUAAUGUCAGACUUAAAAGUGAAACAAUUAAAAAUAAUAUAGCUGUUUUAUCAAGUUAUAGUGACGAUGAAGAUACCCUAAAAAUUCGCCUAUCCGAUGCUUUGAGACAUAAUAAAGAAUAUUUUAAACAGAAUAGAAGAGCAAAUAAUGUCGCCAAUAAUAAAAUUUACAAUAGAAUUAAUAAAUUAUCCAGUUACAGUAGUGAAGAGGUGGUAUUGAAAUCUAACAUUUAUAAGUCAUUGGGUUUUCAAAACUACAGGAAACACGAUAUAGAACGUAGAAUGAAUGGUAAUGAUGUUAAACUUAAAAUAUUAGAAAGAUUCAAACCAGUAAACGAAAUAUCUAGCUAUAGCGAUGAAGAGAACGUUUUAAAAGAUAAGUUAAAAAUGUUUAGACAAUAACUACUGAUUGAAAUGUAAUUUUAUUUGGAUCGAGUUUUGUAUUUUUAUUACAGUAAAGGACUGCU